GCCCCCAUGGCGCUGCUCCGCGUCCUCUGCCUCCUCGCCGCCCUCAGACGGAGCCUGGGCACGGACACGGAGGAGCGGCUGGUCGAGUAUCUGCUGGACCCGGCGCGCUACAACAAGCUGAUCCGGCCGGCGACCAACGGCUCCGAGCUGGUGACCGUGCAGCUGAUGGUGUCGCUGGCGCAGCUCAUCAGCGUGCACGAGCGGGAGCAGAUCAUGACCACCAACGUCUGGCUGACCCAGGAGUGGGAGGACUACCGCCUCACCUGGAAGCCGGAGGACUUUGACAACAUGAAGAAGGUGCGCCUGCCCUCCAAGCACAUCUGGCUGCCCGACGUGGUGCUCUACAACAACGCCGACGGGAUGUACGAGGUCUCCUUCUACUCCAACGCGGUGAUCUCCUACGACGGUAGCAUCUUCUGGCUGCCGCCGGCCAUCUACAAGAGCGCGUGCAAGAUCGAGGUGAAGCACUUCCCCUUCGACCAGCAGAACUGCACCAUGAAGUUCCGCUCCUGGACCUACGACCGCACCGAGAUCGACCUGGUGCUGAAGAGCGAGGUGGCCAGCCUGGAUGACUUCACGCCCAGCGGCGAGUGGGACAUCGUGGCACUGCCAGGACGGCGCAACGAGAACCCCGACGACUCCACUUACGUGGACAUCACCUACGACUUCAUCAUCCGGCGCAAGCCGCUCUUCUACACCAUCAACCUCAUCAUCCCCUGCAUCCUCAUCACCUCCCUGGCCAUCCUCGUCUUCUACCUCCCAUCCGACUGCGGCGAGAAGAUGACGCUCUGCAUCUCCGUCCUGCUCGCCCUCACCGUCUUCCUGCUGCUCAUCUCCAAGAUCGUGCCACCCACCUCGCUGGACGUGCCGCUGGUGGGCAAGUACCUCAUGUUCACCAUGGUGCUGGUGACCUUCUCCAUCGUCACCAGCGUCUGCGUCCUCAAUGUGCACCACCGCUCGCCCACCACGCACACCAUGCCGCCCUGGGUCCGCACCCUUUUCCUCCGCAAGCUCCCGGCGCUGCUCUUCAUGAAGCAGCCGCGGCAGAACUGCGCACGCCAGCGCCUGCGCCAGCGCCGGCACACCCAGGAGCGUGCCGCCACCACCACCCUCUUCCUCCGGGCCGGCACCCACACCUGCGCCUGCUACGCCAACCCCGGCGCUGCCAAAGCCGAGGGGCUCAACGGCUACCGGGAGCGGCAGGGGCAGGCGCCGGCCCCCGCGGCCGGCUGCACCUGCGGGCUGGAGGAGGCGGUGGACGGCGUGCGCUUCAUCGCCGACCACAUGCGCAGCGAGGACGACGACCAGAGCGUGAGCGAGGACUGGAAGUACGUCGCCAUGGUCAUCGACCGCCUCUUCUUGUGGAUCUUCGUCUUCGUCUGUGUCUUCGGCACCGUCGGCAUGUUCCUCCAGCCCCUCUUCCAGAACUACGCCACCAACUCCCUGCUGCAGCUUGGCCAGGGCACCCCCACCUCCAAAUAACGCCGGGGCGGCCGCCCUCCCCGCCGGCCCCGGGGACAGCGAGGGACCGCGGGCUCCGCACCCUCUCCCCGCUGCCGAGCCGGGGGCCGACCGGUCCCGGGGCCGGAGAGCCGAGUGCUGGGCUCCAGGCAGCCACUGCAAACCAAUAAAUACUCA